AUGGCACCUGCCGUCAAUGCCCAGCUCCCGCCAUCCGGCUCUGAGCUAUCUAUAGCUCCCACACCCAACACCGAUGGAGCCGGCACCGACAUUGACAGUGCGGUGCCAGUGGAAACGCCUCAAGAUGGUGGCUCGCUCGACGAAGGGGGUGUGCCCACACCCAACAGCGUCUCGCUGAGCACUCCCCGCGUUCUGGGGAGCGACACGAACCAGCCGGAUGAAGUCGCGACCAAAAAGUCCAGGCGUGUUCGGACCGGAUGUCUGACGUGUCGGGAGCGUCAUCUCAAGUGUGAUGAGGCGCAGAAUCGGUGUCAGAAUUGUCGGAAAUCAGGUCGGAUAUGUCGACGCGGCGUCCGGCUUAAUUUCAUCGACACACAGGUCUCGGCGCCGCCUCAUUAUAUCGUCCCACCGGCCGGAAACCGCGUCACAUUCCGCGAUGAAUCGAGGCAUAUUGCGUCGGAGUAUGUUGGGGGCGAUGAGAGAUAUCCUCCUCCGGAGGCAGAGGUGAGCCCGGAGAGGGAAGAUUGGGGCAGUUUUCCCAUGUAUCCUGCGUAUAAUAUGCCGAUGGUGCCUUCUUACAUUCCAGAGUUUGGUACUGCGUUGUCUGGCCAUACGAUGGCUGGGUUUGAUGACAAUCAUCAGCCUGUGGCGCUUCGCCCUCAACGUCAAAGCGCUUCCAGCGUUCCUUUCCACUCCGCAACGCAAGGAAGAGCCGGCUUCGAUAAGUAUGCGUGUCUGAAUGAUCCGGAAGAGAUACUGCUGUUGCAGGUCUUUGUGGAGGAGGUGGGGCUCUGGAUGGACUCGAUGGAUGAGGCGAAACAUUUCACCCAUAUUCUGCCGUAUCAUGCGCUAGAGGAACCGAUGCUGCUCAGAGCCUUGAUGGCUUGCGGUGCACGUCAUAUAUACCUUGUGAACCCUUCAUACGGCGAGGAAAAGGCUGCGUUCUUCCACGAUACAGCCUCGGGUGAUCUACUUCGCUUGCUGCAAAAUCCGAACCGAGACUCUGCUCUGUGUGCAACGACAGCUGUCAUUCUUAACGUCUACGAACUGAUGUGCUCAAGAUCUACAUUGUCUGCUCAAGGUCUGAACCACAUUGCUGGUGCAAGAGCUCUGAUCAAGGAAUGCCAGUGGGACGCCCGGACGCAAGGACUUGGUGGCGCAUGUUUUUGGCUGAAUGUCGCCAUGGAACUGCUCAGCUGUUUGCAUUUCAACUGGACACUUGCCUGGGACCCUGACACGUGGGGCGUCCAGAUAGACUUGGACCAUAUGCAGUCGAAUGUUGCUGGCAAUGAAGAAAUGUGGACUCACUGGAUGGUCUAUAUCUGUGCGAAGGUUGCAAACUUUCGCUCUUCGAUGUCCCACUUUCUGGAUACCAACCAAACACCAGACGAUAGAGUCCAGAUGGACCAACGAUACCAGGAGUGGUGCAGGUACAGCGAAUGGUGUGAGCGAUGGGAGAAUGCGGCGCCUCGCUCUCUGAAGCCACUGGGGUAUCUCCACAAUUGGCAGACCCACUCGAAGACCGUCUUUCCCAAUAUAUGGCUGACGAAACGGUCUUCGAUCGUAGCCCGUUUGUUCUACCACACCACCCAGAUUCUGCUCACCAAAACACAUCCGUUCGAAUCAGAAUUCAGCUCUGAGAUGCAGAGUCAACAGCAACGACAUGCGCAUGAUAUCUGCGGUAUUGUAGCGCAUGUGAAGGACCGCGGCAUCGCCAGUUUUUCCAUCCGCUUUCUGGCCCUUGCGGCGGAGUGUCUCGCAACCAGGGAAGCGCAGGAGGAGAUUUUGCACAUUCUCGACGACAUUAUGAAACGGACUGGGUGGCGAGCAGAGCAUAUAAAGGAUGAGCUUCAGGCGGCGUGGGGAUGGACGACUGCCCCCAAAGAGCCUUCUGUGGAUACUACGGACGACGCUUUUGGGUUACUCAGGGAUCUUUCGUCCCUUGAUUCGGGUGCUAUUCCGGAGUCACUGAGAAUGCCACCCGGUGUGGUGAAUCCGAUCAUGGUGUUUGCCGAUUUUUCGAUGGACAAUCACCCCUACCAGGAGUAUUAUGUCGCACCGCAUCGUGGGGGGAACCACUACCAGGGCGGGAGUUUUUGA